AUAAUCUUCCUUCUCCAUUAAUUAAAUAACCGCAUGUAUCAUCACCUCAUCUCUCCACACUCGCAUAUUCACAACACACCAAGCUAAAACAUUUCUUUGCGAAAUAUGGCCUCCGCUCAUGCUAAUGAACCGGUUGUUCAGGAAGACAAGUACCGAUCUCAUAUGUAUGGGGAAGGGGAGAAGAAUACCAAAUGGAGGUUUGGUGCUCCUCCCAACUACGAUUCUGUGAACAAGCUUUUCGAGGAAGGCCGAACUCAGGAAUGGCCAAAAGGGUCGCUGGAGGAAAGAGUGCAAAAUCUUGUGAAGACAUGGGAAAUGGAGCUCGUUCAUAAGGUCGAUCCAGCUGAUUAUAAAACUGUAAACGCUACAAACUUCACAAUCAGCAUAAAUGGUGGUAAACCGGUGCCACUUGAAGAGAUUGGGAGAAUUGGAAGCUACAAUUUAUUCCUGAAAACACCCUUGCCACAGAAGUUACGUGUUUAUGAUCCAUCCCUUGAAACAAAUCAAUCGUCGACUCAGGCUUUCGUCACCACAUUCCCUCGUGGAUUCGCUGUAGAAAUUCUUCAAGUUUAUUCAGGUCCUCCGGUGAUUGCCUACAAGUUCAGGCACUGGUCCUUCAUGGAGGGUCCUUUCAAAGGCCAUGCUCCCACUGGGGAAUUGGUGGAAUUCCACGGAAUUGGCAUCUUUCAUAUGGAUGAAUUGAUGCGCGUUAAGAGGGUAGAAUUCUUUUAUGAUGGAAACGAAUUGCUGGCAAGUCUUAUCAAAGGGCCUUCUACAGAUGGAUCAGACGCCUCAACCAAAGCAUCUGGGGGUUGCCCAUUCUUCCACAAACUUACUCAAGCUUAAUUAAUUGCCAUUUUGUUGAAGUAUAUAUGUUUUUUCUUAGGCAAUUUUUGGUUUCAAGGAAAAGAUAGGGAAAGAAAGGGAAAGGUAGGUUUGUAAAGGUUUCCCUACCUUUCUCUGCUUUUUCCUUCAAACCAAACACAACCUUAAUUAAUGAAACGCUCCUAUGUGAGCAAAUGAAUGUAGUGUGCAGGUGGAAUAAAUGGCGUUACUACAUUAUUGAUCA